GGCCAAGAUGGAACUCCCGCCGGGCCUCCCUGGCCAACGCGCCCUCCUGCCUGCCGGCCUCGGCCUGCUAUCACUCGGCCUCUCCGCAACAUCCCUGCUCAGCGACCGGUGGUUUGUGGGCACACAGAAGGUGCCCAAGCCCGUGUGCGGGAAAAGCGUGGCAGCCGAAUGUCAUGAGCUGCCAGUGCCCCUGGACGGCGGCGGUGUCCCCAACGCAUCAGCCGCGGCGGUGGUACAAUACAGCUGGGCGGCUGGGGAUGACGGCUUCGCCUUCCUUACCUUCCACAGUGGCGUGUGGUUAUCCUGUGCGGAGAUCAUGGAAGAGCCAGGGGAGAAAUGCCGAAGUUCCAUCGAACUCACACCACCAGCCCAGAGAGCCAUCCUCUGGCUCUCACUGGGGUCUCAGACCGCCCACCUCGGCCUUGAACUCAUCAGCGUGCUCCUGCUACUGAUCCACCUGCUGCUCACGCGCCGCCCGGCCUGCGGGCUCAAGUUGAGCGCCUUCGCCGCCGUCUUCUCCGUCCUGUCAGGCCUUCUGGGAAUGGUGGCCCACAUGAUGUAUUCGCAAGUCUUCCAGGCAACCGCCAACCUGGGCCCGGAGGACUGGAGACCCCACGCCUGGACUUACGGCUGGGCCUUCUACACCGCCUGGGUCUCCUUCACCUGCUGCAUGGCGUCGGCGGUGACCACCUUCAACAUCUACACCAAGAUGGCGCUGGAGUUCCAGAGCCGGCGGGACAGGGGCUUCCAGGUGGGCGCAGGCUGCCCGGUGCCCCUUCUCCAGCAGCCCCCCUGCGCCCCGCUGCCCGAGGGGCCCCCCACCAGCUGCUGCCACGGCUACCACCAUCCGCCCCUGCGCUCCGUCUCCGAGAGCGUGGACUUCUUCUCGGCUCUCCGGGACAAGACGGCCCGGGGGGGGCCGGGGGAGGCCCCGGGGGUCUCGGUGGAGGAAGAGCAGUGUUAG